UCAAAGUAUGGAAAGAGAGCAGAAACCUUGAAUCUCUCUGUGUGGAAUAAAAGGGUGGAUAGCUUUAUUAGAGAGAGAGAGAGAGAGAUGGACACUUUGUCUAGUUAAGAUAGCACCUUUCUACCUUCCUCUCAAUCCUCAAAUCACCACGCUUCUUUAUUUUCUUUCCCAUUCACAAAAUGGAUCUGCAAGUACCACAACAAGUGAUGAGAUCCAACAACACAACUACUGAUAUUCUAAUCAUACACUACUUGUAGUGUUGCCAAAUCCAAAUUAAACCAAGCUAAGCAGGUUCUGUUUCUCUGUCUGGCUUUCCGUACAGAAGAAGAAGAAUCACAGAGAACAGAAAAAGAUGGCAGCGUACUUUCAUGGCGGCAACAAUAACAACAACAGUGGCAGUUCGGAUAUUCAUCAUCAUCAAUCUUCCGCAGAAGGAGGGGGAUUGCAGACACUGUUCCUCAUGAAUCCAAACAACUACGUACCUUUCUCCUCUGACACCGCACAAAAUCCAACACCAAACAUGCUCUUCCUCAAUCCCAACAACAGUACUACUACUCCCCACGCGCUCAACCUCGCAAGUCUCUCUCACGCGCCGCCCCAACAACAAAUUAUCGGGGUUGCUUCAAAUAAUAUCCUAGGACCUGCCGGCGGUGGCAAUGAGAUCUCCGGCUUCCAUGGCUUUGUGGGGCCCACACCACGUGUUCAUCACUACAAUUGGAGAUCCAUCAUGGAUCAAACUGAUCUUUCUUCUUCCUCUUCUUCUGUUGUUGCAGCAACCGUGACUGUUCUUCCGAAUAAUUAUUCGGAACAUACAGUGACAACUGCAACAACAGAAAUGGAAUUUCAUAGAGCGAGAGUCCAUCAAUCCCAUCAUCAUCCGCAAGGGUUGUCACUUAGUCUUUCCUCUCAACAACUUCCGUUUAGGUCUUUUUCCAACGCCGGUGGGGCUUUGAAUAGUGUUGUACUUGGAUCCAAGUUUCUGAAAGCGGCACAGGAGCUUCUUGAUGAAGCCGUUAACGUGGGUAACGAUAAUAAGGUGGAUUAUUCCAACAAUAAAGAGAAGAUGAAAGGGAAUAAAAAUGUUGAAUCCACGUCUGAUGGUGGCGGUGAUGAUAAUAGAUCAAGUGGUGGCGGCAGCGGCGGUGAAAAUAGUGGUGGUGACAACAAGCAAGGAAGUGAACUCAACACUGCUCAAAGACAAGAACUUCAUAUGAAUAAGUCCAAGCUUGUUACCAUGCUUGAUGAGGUGGAGCAAAGAUACCGAGAGUACAAACAACAAAUGCAAAUUGUGACGUCAUCAUUUGAGGAAGCAGCUGGUUAUGGAGCUGCAAGAGCAUACACAGCACUUGCAUUGAAGACAAUAUCGAAGCAAUUUCGGUGCCUAAAAGAUGCAAUUUGUUUGCAGAUCAAAACGACGGGCAAGACGCUAGGUGAAGACAACUGCAUGGGAGUUAAAAUGGAGGGUUCAAGGCUUAGAUUCAUUGAUCACAAUCUCCGGCAACAAAGGGCGCUUCAACAGUUGGGAAUGAUACAACACAAUGCUUGGAGACCACAAAGAGGAUUGCCCGAACGAGCGGUUUCUAUUCUUCGAGCUUGGCUUUUCGAACAUUUUCUUCACCCUUAUCCAAAGGACUCCGAUAAGGUUAUGCUUGCAAGACAAACUGGACUUACUCGGAGCCAGGUAUCAAACUGGUUUAUAAAUGCCCGAGUUAGGCUAUGGAAACCAAUGGUUGAAGAAAUGUACUUAGAAGAAAUUAAGGAUCAACAACACAACAACAAUAAUGGCUCCCAAGAUGAUGAUGAUGAUGACAUUGACACCACCACCAACAAGAAGAAGAAGAAGAAGCUAAUAAGAGAAUCAUCAAACAAGGAAUUAUGGUCAUCAUCAUCAUCACAAUUAGAACAACCACCAUGUAGUAGUAGUGCCAUUAGACUUGACCACUUAAACACCAACCAAAACAACACUACUCCAAUGACUGAGAUCUCACCAAAUUCCAACAACAAUAACAAUUCAAUCUCAACAUCUCCAUUGAAUCUAAGGAAUCCUCAUCAUGAGAUUAUGAACUCUCCAGCAGGUAGCAUCCUUUCUGUGGACAUGGAAAUGAAGCCGAUAAGAGAGACAAAUAGCAACAACAACAACAACGUCAAUUUUGGAAUUGAAUUAGGGAACCCUAAUAAAGACGGUUACCCUUUAAUGGCUUCUUUUGGGAAUGAAAACCACGACGGUGGCGGCGGUAGCGGUAGCGGUUAUGGUUCUACUACAUUCUCCAUGGAUGACAUUGGAAGGUUCCAUCAACAAUUGGUGGCUCCAAGGUUCCAUGGGAAUGGUGUUUCACUCACUCUAGGGCUUCCACCAAGUGAUAACAACAACACCAACAAUAACUUUCCAUCGCAACAAGUAGGGUUUCUCUCCUCACACAACAUGCAUUUGGGAGGAGGAAGGAUUCAUCAUCAUCAUCACGAGAUUGAAGCAGCAACCAAUGAUGACGAGUUUUGUGGAAUGAAGAACAAUGCCACAACACCUUCUUCUCAUUCAGGAACAAGUUAUGAUCAUAAUAACAACAACAUUGACAUGCAAAAUCCCAAGAGGUUUGCUUCUCAUCAAUUGUUGCGUGAUUUUGUGGCCUAGCUGCAACCUAAGAUAUUAUUAUUAUUAUUGGAGAUCACAAUUUUCUCAAAGUA